UUUUUUUGCCGAUUUUAAUUGGAAUUAAAUAAGAAAAAAAUACAAUAGAAAAUGCAGUGCACCAUUCGUAAUGUUUUGGUUGGUGCCCUUAAGACUCCAUUGCGCACCAAUGGCGCCAUUUUGGGUGCCUUGAAUGGUCGCUUUUAUUCCACCACACAUGAAGCUGAUUUGGUUGUCAUCGGUUCGGGUCCCGGUGGUUAUGUUGCUGCCAUCAAAGCUGCCCAAAUGGGUAUGAAGACUGUCAGUGUGGAAAAGAAUCCCACUUUGGGUGGUACCUGCCUCAAUGUUGGUUGCAUUCCCUCCAAAGCGCUGUUGAACAACUCCCACUAUUAUCACAUGGCCCAUUCGGGUGAUUUGGAUAAUCGCGGCAUCGUUUGCGGUAACGUCUCCUUGGAUUUGGAUAAGUUGAUGACCCAAAAGAGCAAUGCCGUUAAGGCUUUGACCGGUGGCAUUGCCCAAUUGUUCAAAAAGAACAAAGUCACCCAGUUGACUGGUUUCGGUACCAUUACCUCACCCACCGAAGUCCAAGUGAAAAAAGAUGAUGGUUCUGUCGAGACUGUGCAAACCAAAAAUAUCAUGAUUGCCACCGGUUCGGAAGUGACACCAUUCCCCGGCAUUGAAAUCGAUGAGGAGGUUAUUGUCUCGUCCACUGGUGCCUUGGCCUUGAAACAGGUACCCGAAAAGAUGAUUGUCAUUGGUGCUGGUGUCAUCGGUUUGGAAUUGGGUUCGGUGUGGUCUCGUUUGGGCGCCGAAGUGAUUGCUGUUGAAUUCAUGGACACGAUUGGUGGUGUCGGCAUUGAUGGUGAGGUUUCGAAAACUUUCCAAAAGGUCUUGGCCAAACAGGGUUUGCAAUUCAAGACCGGUACCAAGGUGUUGUCCGCCACCCGUGAUGGCAACAUUGUCACCGUGUUGGUGGAAAAUGCCAAGACUGGCGAAAAGGAAGAGAUCCGUUGUGAUGCCUUGUUGGUGUCCGUCGGUCGUCGUCCAUACACUGAAGGUUUGGGUUUGGAGAAUGUUGGCAUUGUCAAGGAUGAUAGAGGCCGCAUUCCUGUCAACGAUCAUUUCCAGACCACAGUGCCUAACAUUUAUGCCAUUGGUGAUUGUAUUCAUGGUCCCAUGUUGGCCCAUAAGGCUGAAGAUGAGGGUAUCAUUUGUGUAGAGGGUAUGUUGGGUGGCCAUGUUCACAUCGAUUACAAUUGUGUGCCAUCUGUUGUCUAUACACAUCCUGAAGUUGCGUGGGUUGGCAAAUCCGAGGAAGCUUUGAAACAGGAGGGUGUUGAAUACAAGGUUGGCAAAUUCCCCUUCUUGGCCAAUUCGCGUGCCAAGACCAACAAUGAAACUGAUGGUUUUGUGAAGGUGUUGGCCGAUAAGGCCACAGAUCGUGUGCUGGGCACACACAUUAUUGGUCCCUCUGCCGGCGAACUUAUCAACGAAGCUGUCUUGGCCAUGGAAUAUGGUGCCUCCGCUGAAGAUGUUGCCCGUGUCUGUCAUGCCCAUCCUACCUGCGCCGAAGCUUUGCGUGAGGCCAAUGUUGCCGCUGCCUUUGGCAAACCCAUUAACUUCUAGAUCUAAUUCUC